AUGGUGAGGAAUUUUAUGUUUUCAAAAGCGAUGACUCUACUAUGGUUCUCCAUCUUAAUGCUCACAGCAGCACAACCACGACCAUGGUCAGCAUUCCAAGCACCAAAAGAGGUAGCCUCAAAGCUUAGUCGUAAUCCUCAAACCCUUUCACUAGCCUCAACCGAUUAUGGCCACAUAGUUCAUGAAACCCCUUGGGCAGUUUUUGAGCCAUCACACGUUAAUGAUAUCAUGUCCUUGAUAAAAUUCUCAAACUCUCUUCCCACACCUUUUACUAUAGCCGCAAGAGGGCAAGCCCACUCGAUUCUUGGACAAGGCAUGACACAAGAUGGGGUGGUGCUGAAUAUGACUAAGCUUAAUGGUAUUAGAAAUGGGUCUGGAAUUGUUAUAGUGUGUGAUUUUGAUGGGAAGAAGAGUCCAUUGGGUUGUUAUGGUGAUGUGGGUGGUGAACAAAAGUGGAUUGAUAUGUUGCAUGCAAGCCUUGAACGUGGACUCACACCUCUGUCUUGGACUGAUUACUUGUAUUUGACGGUUGGUGGCACACUUUCUAAUGCUGGGAUUAGUGGCCAAGCCUUUCGAUUUGGACCACAGAUUUCCAAUGUUCUUGAGUUGGAUGUUGUUACAGGGAAAGGAGACCUUGUGACUUGUUCUGCGGAGACGAACUCAGAGGCAUUUUAUGCCGUUCUUGGCGGAUUAGGUCAAUUUGGGGUGAUAGUAAGAGCAAGAAUAGCUCUACGACCUGCACCCACCAAGGUGAAGUGGAUCCGACUACUUUACAAUGACUUCACUGCAUUUUCCAGAGACGAAGAACAUUUAAUCUCGUUCAAUGAAAAUAAUGACACUAAUGCAGCAGAUUAUGUAGAAGGCAUGCUUCUAUUGAAUCAGCCGCCACUGGAUCUUUCCUUUUAUCCAGUUUCUGAUAAGCUAAGGAUAAAUUCCCUCGUAACUCAAUACGGCAUUAUCUACAUCAUAGAGCUAGUCAAAUACUAUGACAACAACCCUCAAGCACACGUCAUUGAGGAAGUUGAAACUUUGGUCAAAGGGUUAGAAUAUGUUCCUACAUUCAUGUUCGAAAAAGAUGUGUCGUACGAGGAGUUUCUGAACAGAGUUCAUGGUGAGGAGCUAGUUCUGAGGUCAAAAGGACUCUGGGAAUUUCCUCAUCCUUGGCUGAAUGUUUUCGUUCCAAGAUCUCGAAUCUCGGAUUUUAAUGAAGGCGUGUUCAAGGGCAUUAUUCUUAAGCAAAAUAUUACUGCUGGAACUGCUCUAGUGUACCCCAUGAAUCGAAACAAGUGGGAUGAUAGGAUGUCAGCAGUUACACCAGACGAAGAUGUUUUCUACGUUGUAAGUCUUUUGCAUGCUGCAAGUGGGUUUGAACAGGUGAAAACAUUUCAGGCUCAAAACCAACAGAUAUUACAGUUUUGCAAGGAUGCUGGUAUCAAGAUCACUGAAUAUCUUACCGGUAACAAAACACAUCAAGAAUGGGUGGAGCACUUUGGCCCAAAAUGGAAACUUAUUGAAGAUAGAAAAGCUCAAUUUGAUCCCAAAAAAAUAUUGUCACCUGGACAAGGGAUUUUCAAAUGA